AUGGGUCGCAAAAAGCCCCGCAUCGCCAAUUCUCGCCGCGCCAGGCGUCCGCUUAAGCAAAAAUGGCCACCCAACAGGCAUCUCUUGCUUGAAUCGUAUCUCGACUCUAUUUUACCCUUCGCGGCCGUUGACCAGCCCCCGACCAAGAGAAUAUGCGACCGGCGCGCCACUUCCGCUGCCACGUCCUAG